CACCCGCAGCACUACCGGAAACUGAUCUCGCACAUCUUCGGCCGCAACAAGCACUCGACCAAACAGAUCCCCGCCACGCUCUGGUGCUGCUACUACUGCCGGAAGCACUACCAGCGGGCGCGGUACCGGGAGCGCGACACCUGGGCGCUGACGCAGUGCUUCUGGGUGGGGCAGAUGCUGCAGCGCCUGCGCACGCUGCCGGACCUGGUGGGGUUUCGGGUGCAGCUGCGGCUGCGGCAGCAGCAGCAUCCCCCAAGGCCAAGGCCCAGUCCAAGUCCGCCGGUGGGUGCGCCGAUGGUGCCGAGGUGGUUGGUCGAGCGGAUUACCUCCAGAGAUAACGGCGAGGUGUGGUCGUUUGAGGAGACGCAGGCGCUGGUGGGAGGGGAGAUCCGGGAGUGGUUGUUGGAGUUGAGGGCCAGGAAUGUUGCCGCGGGGGAGUUUCCGGAUGUGGAGAUUCUGCCGGUCUGGAGGUGA